AUGCCCAGCGCUCCGCAGGCGCCCGCGCGGCGCCCCAAAGAGGCCCCCGAGCAAGGACCCCGCGCUGGCCGCGCCAUGGCGGCCUCCGGCGGGGACGCGGUGCAGGAUGGGUUGCAUCCAAGGAAUCUUAUCCCCGAGCUUUGUAGGCUGUUUUAUGGUUUAGGCUGGGUAACAGGAACUGGUGGAGGAAUCAGCUUGAAACAUGGGGAUGAAAUCUACAUCGCUCCUUCAGGAGUCCAAAAGGAAAGAAUACAGCCAGAAGAUAUGUUUGUUUGUGACAUGAAUGAACAGGACAUCAGUGGUCCUCCACUGCACAAGAAACUAAAGAAAAGCCAGUGCACACCUCUUUUUAUGAAUGCCUACACUAUGAGAGGGGCAGGCGCAGUGAUCCAUACACAUUCCAAGGCUGCUGUUAUGGCUACCCUCCUUUACCCAGGGAGUGAGUUCUCUAUUACCCAUCAGGAGAUGAUAAAAGGAAUCCAGAAGUGUACUUCAGGAGGCUAUUACAGAUAUAAUGAUACACUAGUGGUUCCUAUUAUUGAGAAUACACCAGAAGAGAAGGAUCUCAAGGAGAGAAUGGCACGUGCAAUGGAAAAAUACCCAGACUCUUGUGCUGUGCUGGUCAGACGUCACGGUGUUUAUGUAUGGGGAGAGACGUGGGAAAAAGCCAAAACUAUGUGUGAAUGUUAUGACUACUUGUUUGAUAUCGCAGUGCAGAUGAAGCAGCAUGGGCUAGAUCCUUCAAAACAUCCAGCAGGAGAAAAUGGGAUCUUGUAAAUGUCAACAACAUUUAUACUCAGGUUUCUUACAUGAUGAUGGGAGUUCCAGCUUUCACCCCACAUUACUGAAGCCAGAAGGGGGUGCUGAUCCUCAGCUGAUUGACAAUUGAGAGCAGCAACUUUUAACUGUUAAAUGCACCCAAGAAUUAAAGGACAGUUAAAAAAAAAAAAAAACUUCUGAACAAUCAUUGCAAUUUCCAAGUCCUGUCGAAUGCCACAGUAGAAGGAAUGAAAAUUCAGAUGCAAAAAUACUUUGAGAAACUUUGGAGAACUAAUGUCCCAUUUUGCUUUUGUGCCUUAAAAAUUCAUAUUUCAACAACCUGCACUUGUUGAUCCUGCCCUAAUGCUACAUCAUUUAACUUGAAAUAAGUCUGCAUUUCUGAAAGUUAUUGUAGCUUUUAUUCUUCCAGAAAAAAGUGACGACAGCCCCUUAAUUAGAAGUUAAUAAAGUUUAAAGCAUUGUUUGAACUGUUGAUUCCUUCAUACCAUGUUUGUGUUUAUGUUUUCGGGGGUUUUUUUCUUUUUUUAAAUUAAGCCUGUAGCAUAUGUAUUUUUAAACUCUCCUAAUUGUCAUUAUAAUGAGAAGGAAAUUUUAUAGCAUGUAUUUUGCAGUUGUUACUGAGGGACUGCUCUGGGUCUUAUCUUUUUAAAUUCCUUUACUUUGAAUAACAGCUUUGUAUGACCUCUGCUUAGCCCCCACCCCAAGGUAGAUUUAAUCAACCUGCUCAUUCAAACACAGUCUCGCAUAAUUAUGACAGAAUCUUCUUUCAAAAUCUUCUGGACUGGCCCCCUGGUGGCAUCAGUGUAAGCUCAAUUGACCAAUUUUCUAACUGGAUAUUGAGACCUCAGUCCCAAGGGUGAGCUGAGCCAGGCUAAGUGCCAGCUGGCCCUGGUUUCUGCUAGGGGCUGUGCAUUCCCACCACUUCCGUUUCCAUCAUCUCUGGCACUUUUUUGGAGCUUCCAUGAGGUGAAUUAACUCUUCGGCCUAAAAUAAAACUACUGUGGGAGUGAGGGAAAAAUUGUUUCAAUUAUUUCCUACUACUAAGUCACUGAUAAAAACACUGAAUCGAGUCAAAGGUGGGUCCAAAGAGAACCUAGAGCCAGGGCAAGAGGAGAUGGCUGAUGCCAAAGAUGGCAGACACCACUUCCCCCUUUUCCGGGGGAUGACAAUUAAGGUCAGUGUUUGUGUACCUUAGGCAUGUUUGCCCUUCCCUCUUGUACCUCUGUACCUGCAAUGUGCAACUUUUAACCCUUAGGGGGACCUUGGUUAUGGUAAAUAAUGGUUAUCACUGAGUAACUACAGGUUGUUUGCUAUAUGUUUAUUGAUACAUUUUUUCAUUAUUAGACAUUUCUCAGGGGCAAAUAGUUUGUCACAUUCCACAUCUUCUGAGUGUAUGUGUAUUGCAGUAAGAACUUGUGUGAAAAUGCUAUUUUUUAGACCAGAGGGUGACUUUGGACAGGCUGCUUCACUUAAGCAUAAAAUAUCUCUGACGUGUGUUCAAGACUUGAGAGGUGCAGCUGACUUUAAGGGAAAGCAGACUGUAAUUCUCUCAGCUUUUCUUCCCUGUGGAUGUACUAAUAAAAACAUUUCAUGUGACAAUCCAA